UCGUUUUCACACGUCCAGGGAUGUGCCAGGUUUUUCUUGCGACAAAAUAUGAACUUUCCCACGCUUUUCAACGCGUUAACCAAUGCCCAUAUUUUUUUAAAUCAAAUGCUGUCACUUGUGUUGAAAAUUCAGAUCAAUUGAGCAGAGCAGAAAGUGAACUACACUUUACUACUUCCUCUUGCUUCUUCAACCAUUCCAGAAAUCUCGCAGAGUAGCUCUUAGAACCAUUGAAAAGCCUUUCAUCUUCUUUAACAAAUACCAGAUCCCCACUUUAUGUACAGGAAUCUUAAGAGAGUUUCUCUUUUGAAUCUUGAAUUUUUCUGUUUUCCUUGAGAUCUAUAUCAACUGAACGGUUUACACUACGAUAAUUUCAGUCUGCCUUGAGGUUCUUCAAAAUUCAGCACCAGCUCAGUUAGUAGCAUCAAAUGAGCAAGUCUUUGCUUUUAGCCUUUUACAUCACAGUAUCCUGCAUCGCUUUUGUCAUUUCCAAGAUCAUUAUCUCAGUCCUCCUCUACAAAAGAUGGAAAAGAAAGCACAUGAUUCACGCAGAAGGCUAUGCAGGUGGGAAGAUGGUAAUAUUUAGGUCUUCGGUUCUGCAAUCCCUCAAAUCUGAUGUGAUCUUGAAGAAGACGAUGAACCUGAAUGAUAUGGAGGUCAUUGGAUGUGGUGGUUAUGGGACAGUUUAUAAACUGAACAUAGAUGACUCAAAAGCUUUUGCAGUGAAAAGACUGAACAGAGGAACUGCAGAUAAAGGGUUUGAAAGAGAGCUGGAAUCAAUGGCAGACAUAAAACACCGCAAUAUUGUAACUCUUCAUGGAUAUUAUACUGCUCUACAUUACAACCUCCUCAUAUAUGAGUUAAUGCCUAAUGGAAGUUUGGACACCUUCCUCCAUGGAAGAUCAGAGAACAAGAAAACUUUAAAUUGGUCAUCUAGAUACAGAAUAGCUAUAGGUGCUGCUAGAGGAAUAUCUUAUCUUCACCAUGAUUGUAUACCUCAUAUCAUCCACAGAGAUAUCAAGUCAAGCAAUAUAUUGCUGGACGAAAACAUGGACGCUCGAGUUUCUGAUUUCGGAUUAGCCACGUUGAUGGAACCAGACAAAACCCAUGUUUCCACAGUUGUCGCUGGAACUUUUGGAUACUUAGCUCCUGAAUAUUUCGACACAGGGAGAGCAACAUUUAAAGGGGAUGUCUACAGCUACGGAGUUGUACUGCUGGAGCUUUUAACUGGGAGAAAACCCAGUGAUGAAACAUUUAUGGAAGAAGGAACGAAGCUUGUCACAUGGGUGAAGGCUGUUGUUCAAGAAAAGGAGGAGGAACUAGUUCUCGACAAUAGGCUAGGGUCCUGUCCAAUGCAAGAAGUUAAGAAUGUGUUCAAGAUUGCCAUGAUGUGCCUUGAAUCUGAUCCAUUGAAGAGGCCAACAAUGGCAGAAGUUGUCAGCUUACUCGAGCAAAUGAAGCCAGACAAGCUUGCUCCAGCUUCCUGAUGUUCACUUGAAAGACUAAAUCAGUAUACUACCCUAUCGUAACAUUUUCAAGUAAAUUACGUUCAGCAGGUCUGUGUGGUUCAUAAAACAAAAACUGACACACUCUAAAUUUAGUUCAUGCAGAAACACCCUCUAAUAACAUAAUUGUUAACGGAGCUUA